AUGGAACUAAAGUGGCAAGGGCUCACAUGCAUGAUUGACAACACUAUUCCCAUUUGGGUUGUUCGAAUUAUUGCAAUAGUAUUGCCACUUGUGGUCAUACUCAUAUAUUACUUUAUCAGAAAGGAUGUUUAUGAUCUUCAUCAAGAAGUGCUAGGCCCUCUGUUCUCAGUACUUGUUACAAGAGUUUUGACUGAUGCAAUCAAAUAUGCAGUUGAGAGACCUCGUCCUGACUUUUCUGGUGUUGCUUUCCUAAUGACGUUGAUGAGGGGAUAUUGCGGAGAUCCGACUUACGGAAGAGUUGCAUGUUCAUAGAAAUCACAACUAAUUUUUUCUUCCUUAUUCGAUCCUUUAUUUAAACCUUCUGUUCAUCACUCUACUUCAUAUACAUCUCCUCAAAUGGUCUAAUUUUUUUGUUAGAUAGAGCACUGGUGCUUUGGAAGGCUGUAACUAGUUAGAAAAGAGAAGGUUUGAUUUUCAUUGUAAAAUUUUGAUAUAUGUUAGGAUUUAGAGAUGGUCAUUUCAAUGUUUUAGUAGCCAUUGAUAUUGUUGCUCGUGGUCUUGGGGACAGUUUAUAAUCUAGAUUAUGACAAAUUAUAAUUAAUAUGUACAUGAAGCUUAAAAGUUGGGUUUAGUUGAAUCCACAAGGCUAGAAAUUUUCAGUGAUCUGGGAAAUGCAACUUCAUCUGACACAUUAGUCCAAAAAAUUGAUCUCUAAAAGAAUUUGCAACCCUUGUAAGUCAUUUUUUCUAAACUAAUAUUUCUACUUACAAUGUUUUUGGUUCUUUCCAUGGAUUUACAUUUAUAAUUACCACUUUUGAUGAUGUUUCUUGAUUGUUCUCUUGUGAUGCUUGUCUAAGGAUAGUCAACUCAACAAUUAUAGUUUGACUAGUCCAAUCUUAAUACAGCUAACUAACAUCAUAUCUUUGCAAGUUCUGUAAGUAUUCUUACCCUACUACGUGUCACUUAAUUGCUUUUAAGACCAAAUGCUGGAAAUAGCAAUGUACUUAUCUAUUUCUUGCAAUUAAGCUUCUUUUACUAUAUAUAAGUUGAAGCAAGUUGCUAUUUCAUGCAUUUAGGUCUUUUUUGGUUAAAACGUAAGAAAUAGCAGCAUACUUUAAUUGAUUUGACUUGAAAAAAAAACAUAUUUUACUCUUUUUACUACACAGGUCAUUUUAUGUCCCCAAGUGCAGGAAAUAGUAAUGUACUUUGAUGUUUCUUGCAUUUAAACUUCUUUUACCACAAAUAAGUUGAAGUAAGUUGCUAUUUCAUGUAUUUAGGUAUUUUUUGGUUAAAAUGAAAGAAAUAGCAACAUACUUUAGUUGAUUUGACUUGAAAAAAAAAACACAAUUUAAUCUGUUUACUACAUAAGUCAUUUUAUGUCCCCGAGUACAGGAAAUAACAAUGUACUUUGCUAUUUGUUGCAUUUAAGCUUCUUUUACCACAAAUAAGUUGAAUUAAGAUGUUAUUUCAUGCAUUUAGGUAUUUUUUGGUUAAAAUGAAAGAAAUAGCAGCAUACUAUAGUUGAUUUGCUAUAUCUUUCAUUUAAGCUUCUUUUACUACAAAUAAGUUGAAGUAAGUUGUUAUUUUGUGCAUUUAGAUCUUUUUUGGUUAAAAUGAUAGUAGCAUACUUAAUUGAUUCGACUUGAAAAAAAACAUAAUUUACUCUUUUUACCACAUAAGUCAUUUUAUAUCCCUAAGUGUUGGAAACUUGUUGAAAAAGAGUCAACCCUGGUUGAGUUGAUGCAUCUUCAAGUGGUGAAGUUGCAAGGCCUAAAGCUGCCAUGAAGACUACCAAAGGAGA